AAAUCCGAUAGAUAUGUACUCAGUACUGCGGUGCGGUUAAAAACAAGAUCGGAAAAAUUGCAACAACCAACCGAUCAUGUGAGUUGACAUCUAUAACUUUUGAAUUGCAUUCAGGCCUGUAUAUAUCACUUGACUGUCAGCAGAACAGGAUUUGGCUAGAUGGCUACAGGUAGCUCUGUAUCAUGUAUAUCAGAAGACCUGACCUGUGCCGUGUGCCUGGAUCUGUUCACCAACCCGAGGGUGCUGAGGUGUAUGCACACGUACUGCCAUGAGUGCAUGGUCGGGCUGGUGCAGACCGGCAACCGGUCGCAGCAGUGGAAGAAACGCUGGACGUCGUUCAUAGUGUGUCCGGAGUGUCGCCAGAACACCAACCUAGACAACAGGGGCGUGUUGGGACUAGCCACAAACUUCGCCUUGUCCAAAGUGGUUGAGACAUACAGAAAUACCCCACAAGCUCCCAGUCCUAGUAACAUUCCAUGUUCUCUGUGCGAAGACACGUCCAAGUUUGCGGUGAAAACCUGUUUGGAUUGUCCAAAGAUAUCAUACUGCGAUAGCUGUCUGUCCUUGUUUCAUCCUCCACGGGGAGUACUCAAGACUCACCGACUGGUGGCGCCAUCUGCCACGGACGAUCCGUCCAGUAAUAAUUCAAAGACAACCACAUUUCCAGUUCCAUCUAUAGAGAGUCUGACAUCGAUUCUGACCAACCAACCAGCAGCAACAGCGUCUGUGUCGGUGAGUUCCUGUCAGGAAGCUCUGCACUAUCACGCGCGCUGCGAGAACUCAAACCCAUCUGACGCCAAUGUUGAGGAAGUCGUGACUGCCCGAUGGGCUGGCACCGAGCGUCACUGUUUGAUUGGAGGACUGCGACAUGAAACUCUCUACUUGAUCUCUGUCGCAGCGCAGUACGAGGACGGGAUGAGCUCCUACAGUGAUGCUAAAGUGCUCUAUACUUGCCCAAAAAUUGGAUGCAACGAUUUCCUAAUGGAUUCAACUGACAAACAUCCAGACUUGGACUUGGGGUCGGACAGGCAAACAGUGGCUCACACCAACAACAAGCGCCAGCCAGUCGACCAGUGCUACACCACAAUGGAGUGGGUCAAGAACUGCGGAAUCUGCGCAGACCGCUGCUUCAGUAAUGGCAGUACUUACUGGGAAGUGAAUCUCUUCUAUCAAGUGGUAGGUCGUCUGCAUGACGAAGAAGUGCUCGCAUGUUUUGGAAUCUGUCAAAACGGGGAGUUUACAGAUAAAAGUCCUCUCAAUGAAGAUCCUUCAUGCGUGUGCCUCGUUGUAUACAAACCCUCCGGUUCCCCUCAGAUCGCAACCUGCGUGUGGGAUGGACCCCACAAGAAGACACUUCCGUGCACCAUUUUGUCGGCUCUCAGCAGAAAGGCUAAAGAUUUACGGUUUGGAUUCUUCCUCAACAUGGAGGCCAGAGUCUUGAAGAUCAUUCUCCUCGAUGCAGACUUUGUCUUGGAAACCGUGACAGAUCUUGGCAUCGAUGACGCCUUGCCCAUAUGCUCAGUCGGUGAUCCACAUGUGGUUGCAGUCAAGUUGAAGUUUGUCACAGGAUUAGAUGUGGAGGUUCCCAGUAUUAUUGCAGAUUAAACGUUUUCAUGGUAGUCUGUCUCAAAGCUGAUUUGAAAACAAUUCAUUAAAAUCUGCAUUAGGAAUUCAUAUUGGACUCCCCAACACAAUCACACACAUAGACACACACACACAUAGACACACACACACAGACACACACACACAGACAGACACAUAGACAGACACACAUAGACACACACACAUAGACACACACAGAGACACACACAC